CUUUCUCGUAUUUGCUACGAGGGCGCGGGUUCUAAGAACAGGAACAACUCGAUCGAUUGGUGCGUCGGAGGAUUCGAGCGAUGAAGCCGAUCAGGCUUCCGGAGCCGCCGAGCGGCGGGAUGGGCGUGCCGGAUAUCUUCGAGGGCGGAGUUGACGUCAUCAGACGGGCUAUAGUGAUCAGCAACGGAACCACGGCGGCGGAGAACCAGAGUGUCGGCCUAGUUCGUGCACUUGGGCUGGCGGACAAGCUCUCGAUUUACCGUGUAACAAGGCAAAGAUGGGGUGUGAAUGAGUGGCUUCAUUGGCUUUCUCGCCUAAUUAGACAAAUAUUUACCGACUCAAGAUUUGCUAACUCUCCUCCGGAUAUGAAGUCAUUCCCAUUUCCUGGCUUGUUAUCCAUUCUAGAGGAAGAUGGCGAGAAAAUUGCUUCCAUCGCUUCUGAAACAUAUAAAACAGAAGGUCCACUCUUGAUAGUUGCUUGUGGUCAUCACACCGUAUCAAUUGCCAGUUCAGUAAAACAUCUAGCAUCUGAAAAGGUUUUUGUCAUUCAGGUACAACAUCCAAGGUCGUGCCUUGAUAGAUUUGACUUGGUGGUCACUCCUCGUCAUGACUACUAUGCUCUUACUGCCAGUGGACAACAGGAGAUCCCUCGUAUUUUCAGACGGUGGAUAACACCACAAGACCCACCUGGGAGUAAUGUGGUUUUCACUAUAGGAGCACUACAUCAGGCUGAUUCUACUGCACUGCGUCUUGCUGCAAAUGCUUGGCAUGAUGAAUUAGCUCCUCUUCCCAAGCCAUUACUUGUAGUUAAUAUUGGAGGACCCACAAGGAACUGCAAAUAUAGUUCAGAUCUUGCGACGCAAUUGGUUGGCUCACUAGAAAACGUGCUGGCAAGCUGUGGAAGCGUUAUAGUUUCUUUCUCUAGGAGGACUCCUAAGAAGGUUUUUGACAUUGUAAAACGAGAUCUUGGUGGGCAUCCAAAAAUAUACAUUUGGGACGGAGAAGAUCCAAAUCUGCAUAUGGGUCAACUAGCGUGGGCUGAUGCAUUUGUCAUUACCGCAGACUCAAUAAGCAUGCUCAGCGAAGCUUGCAGCACAGGAAAACCAAUUUAUGUCAUCGGAAGUGAGCACUGCAAGUGGAAAUUCUCAGCAUUUCACAAGACACUACGCGAACGAGGUGCUGUUCGGCCAUUUACAGGCUUCGAGGAUAUGUCGAAUACCUGGAGCUACCCUCCUCUUAAUGAUGCUGCUGAAGUUGCUGCUCAGGUUCGCGAUAUCCUUGCUAAACGAGGACUGGCACUCGGCCAUUAGAUUCCCGUACAAUCAAUCUCAAGAACCCAAGCAGAUCGACGGAACGAGCAUCGCUGCACUCAAGAACACACGUGAUACAAACAAUGGUUACAUGCCUUGUAUAAGUUAAUUCUUUUGGCCAAACAAAUGAUCUUGCUAUCAGCUUCUAUAAAUGCAAAGUGUAUUGAUUGCUAUAGAACACAGCUUGUGAUUGUAUAGAACACUCAUUUGUUUAAGACAUUGUUGCACUUAUUUCAUAGACAAAUAUAAUAGUUA